GGGGCGUGGCCGAGGGGGCGGGCCACGCCCCCUUCCCCAGUUCCCCUCCGUUUCCCACUCCCCAUUGGUCGCCAGCGUGGCCAAUGAGCGCUCGGAUCGAGGUCCUACCCUGGGUCUGACUCGAAAGCUCCUGCCAAAACUUUGGGAGUUUUUAGAGAGGAGUUUUUUUUCCCCCCCCUCUCAUAUUUUUUUUUUUUUCCAAACUAACGGAUUAUUAUUGUUGUUGUUUUAAAUUCAGCUCUUAAGGCUUAGCUGUUUGGGUGUUUCUUUCGGUGCCCGAUUCCCGUCUCCCCGGCUUCCCUGGCGUUCGUGCAGCCGCGGCCCCCGCCCGCCUAGCCGCUCCAGCGCCCCUGGUUCGCCUUCCAGCCCGCGGGGAGCGCGGGCGCCGCGCCGCCUUUAAAGUGAGGCCAGGGGCCGAGCUGUGGCCGGCCGGCCGGGAUCCGGCCCUCGCCUCCGCCCUCAGUGGCGCUAGGGCUCCCUGGCCUGUCUGCAGUUCGGACGGAGACGAAUAAGCGGAGCGUCCCCGGCGGGGCUGCCGCCUCCUCCUGGACUUAGCUCCUCUCCCCGCGCACCCACCCAUCCACCCGGCCGAGCCAGGCCGCGGCGGCCUCUCGGCGCACCCCGCCAGGAUGUUCGCCGCCGGGCUGGCUCCCUUCUACGCGUCCAACUUCAGCCUCUGGUCGGCCGCCUACUGCUCCUCUGCCGGCCCCGGCGGCUGCUCCUUCCCUCUGGACCCCGCCGCCGUCAAGAAACCCUCCUUCUGCAUCGCGGACAUCCUGCACGCGGGUGUUGGGGAGCCCGGGGCGACCCCGGAGGGUCUGGCGGGGGCCUCGGCCGCUGCCCUCACCGCGCACUUGGGAUCGGCUCACCCGCACGCCUCUUUCCAAGCUGCCGCCAGAUCCCCGCUUCGACCCACGCCGGUGGUGGCGCCCUCCGAAGUCCCUGCUGGCUUCCCUCAGCGACUGUCCCCGCUCUCAGCCGCCUACCACCACCAUCACCCACAGCAACAACCGCAGCAGCAACAGCCGCAGCAGCAACAGCCUCCGCCUCCACCCCGGGCUGGCGCCUUGCAGCCCCCGGCCUCCGGGUCGCGGGUGGUCCCUAAUCCCCACCAGAGCGGCUCCGCCCCGGCCCCCUCCAGCAAGGACCUCAAGUUUGGAAUUGACCGCAUUUUGUCUGCAGAAUUUGACCCUAAAGUCAAGGAAGGCAACACACUAAGAGAUCUCACGUCGCUGCUCACUGGAGGGCGGCCCGCGGGGGUGCAUCUUCCCGGCCUGCAGCCCUCCGCCGGCCAGUUCUUCGCGUCUCUAGAUCCCAUUAAUGAGGCCUCUGCCAUCCUGAGUCCCUUAAGCUCGAACCCGAGAAAUUCAGUUCAACAUCAGUUUCAAGACACGUUUCCAGGUCCCUACGCCGUGCUCACGAAGGACACCAUGCCUCAGACGUACAAGAGAAAGCGCUCGUGGUCUCGGGCAGUCUUCUCUAACCUGCAGAGAAAAGGUCUGGAGAAAAGGUUUGAGAUUCAGAAGUACGUGACCAAGCCAGACCGAAAGCAGCUGGCCGCAAUGCUGGGUCUCACGGAUGCGCAGGUGAAAGUGUGGUUCCAGAACCGGCGGAUGAAGUGGCGGCAUUCCAAGGAGGCUCAGGCCCAGAAGGACAAAGACAAGGAGGCGGGCGAGAAGCCGUCGGGCGGAGCCCCGGCUGCUGACGGCGAGCCGGAGGAGCGGAGCCCCAGCCGCUCGGAGGGCGAGGCGGAGAGCGAAAGCAGCGACCCCGAGUCUCUGGAUAUGGCCCCCAGCGACACGGAGCGGACUGAAGGGGCCGAGCGGUCUCUGCACCAAACGACGGUCAUCAAGGCCUCAGCGGCCGGCGCCCUCCUGGCCGCCAGCAGCGGAGGCCCUGGAGGCAGCGGCGGCGGCGGCGGCUUCAACUUCGGCGGCCUGAGUAGCGGCAGCACCACCAGCGCCGGGAGCUCCGGCAGUCACAGCAGCGGCGGCGCCUCAGAGCUGCUCCCCGCACCCCAGCCCGCCCUCAGCAGCGCCCCCAAAAGCCCCGAGCCCGUCCCGGCGCCCCUCGGCGGCCUCUAGACUGGACGAGAUUGGAGGAGCCCUGCGUGCAGACCCCCAGCCUUCCAGUGUGGGCUGGAUUCUGUGCCUACUCUCCAGUGGUGGCGGGGCCCCGGGGUUCGAGACGCAGCGGCGGCCUCUCGCGCAUCGCCGCGCGCCGGGUGGGUGCGGCCCACCCGGCACAGAGCCGAGGGGAGUCAGAGUGACCCCCACCCUCACCCCAACCGCCACCGCCAGGCUCCCAGCGCCAGACGAACUACUCCUGCUCGGAUACAAGCAGACCACACUGUGAAGCGUUGGACUAAACAGUUCUCCCCUCACUAGGGGUCACGGUGCAAAGACGCGAUGCACUUAGGAUGCCACAAACUUGUAAAUAAAAUGUUUACCCUGGUUUGUAAAGGCCA